CUUUUUUCAUUUUUUGGAUUCCCCUUCCCCGUUUUGAAGCCCCUAAAAAAAAAAACCCUUUCCUCCAGCUUCAAAUGGGUUGAGUAGACGGGGGGAAAUUCCAUUGCUUGACCGACCGCCUCUCCUCCUUCUCUUUUCCGUUUCCGCUUCUCUCGAUUGCAUUUACUCCUUCUCAUCGCGCGUGCGGGGUCUUGGCAUUGAGGUUUUUUGAGAUUUGGGAUUCGAGACUUUUUUCCUUCCAGAACCCACAUGCAAUGAGUAAUCUCAUCGUCGCCCCAGACCUUACGGUUCACGAUACUAUCGUUCUGCAGAACCUUAUCGACGACAUCGAACGCUACAACGAUAAGCAUCUCGCUCCCACAGACGGCGACGAGGGGUAUGCCAGUCAGGAAUCCUUGGGUGAGAAGUCAAAGGAUGAUGAAACCUGCCGCGGAGUUUCAAACCAGAGAGACGCCAAGGACAUCCGCAAGCUGAAAGGUCUCAACGACGCAACAAGUCAAGACUUUGAGCCAUCCGUCUUCUCAUCAUUCGACCUGCGCGAUCUCCCCCACAAGCUCCCAGCCGUCAUCUAUCAAAAUGUCGUCGUCCCCUACGUCGCCUGGGGGCGCAAAAUCGUCCGUCACGAGACCGACGUCAUCAUGCUCACACACCUAAUCCUCUACUUCACCCUCUCAGUACCGAGCGCCAUCAUGCUCUUCCGCAACUUCAACUACAUCCACGGCGUCGCCCACAUGCUCAUGCAGUUCUGGUUCACCGGCACCUACACCCUCAUGAUGCACCAGCACAUCCACAUGAACGGCAUCCUCUCAAAGAACUGGGCCGUCCUGCGCUUCUUCGACGCCGCGUUCCCCUACAUCACCGAUCCCCUCAUGGGCCACACUUGGAACACGUACUUUUACCACCAUGUAAAGCACCACCACGUCGAGGGUAACGGGCCCCACGACCUGUCGUCAACCAUCCGCUACCAGCGUGACAAUAUCUUCCACUUCCUGCACUACGUCGGACGUUUCAUCUUCCUGGUCUGGUUCGACCUGCCGCGGUACUUCUUCCGCAAGGGCCAGACGAAGAACGGCCUCAAGACGGGAUUCUGGGAGCUCGGCAACUACGCCUUCCUCUACACCCUGUACUGCCUCCACAGCAAGGCGACGACCUUCGUCUUCCUCGGGCCUCUCGCGCUCAUGAGGUUGGGUUUGAUGGUCGGCAACUGGGGCCAACACGCCUUUGUCGACGCCGACGAGCCGGAUUCGGACUUCCGCUCCAGCAUCACCCUGAUUGAUGUGCCGAGCAACCGAUACUGCUACAACGACGGCUACCACACGUCGCACCACCUCAACCCCCGCCGUCACUGGCGCGACCACCCAACAUCCUUUUUGCAGCAGAAGAAGACGUAUAUUCGCGAAAAGGCGCUCGUGUUCCACAACAUCGACUACCUCAUGGUGACGGUUAAGCUGCUUCAGAAGGACUACCUGCACCUGGCAAAGUGCCUGGUGCCGGUCGGUGAGCAGAUUGGCAUGACGAUUGAGGAGCGUGCGACGAUGCUGCAGCGGCAUACGAGAAAGUUUGAGGAGGAUGAGAUUCGCGAAAAGUUCCGGGACUAUUCCAAGACGAAAUAAGAGGUCUGUCCCUUGAUUUUCCAGGACACCGGCAUUUUCGACACCUAGGAGCCAACUUGAGAUAUCGAGGGCCUCUAGAGGAGGAGCGUAAUUCUUCUCGGCAUGGCCCUUACAUGAGCAUGUCAGCAUUACUUCCAUUUCAUUGCAUACAUGGCGCAAGCGACUUCUGAAUAAAGCAAGAGAAAAAACUGGGAUCAUUAGACGAUAGACAAAAACAGGCCUGGAGGGGCUGAGAAUAGAUUUGAGAGACUCCUCGGCUCUGCUGAGGCUUUUGAGCCAUCCAUGAAUACGCCAUACCUCGAUGUAUAGUGACGUCGCCGGGAUCGUUUCGACGAUACCCAGUCUGUGCGGGCUAUCAAGGUUCAGCCAGCUCCUCGAUCGGAGCUAAUGAUUGAUGGCACAAUGUAUUAGACAAGAAAAUAUCUUCUCAGGGUCCUCAGAGUAAGACAGGGGCAACUAUCCCCAGCGGCAGAAGAAAUGUUGUUAAUUUCCCUCGAGACAGCUGUCUCGGGCGAGGCUCAACGGUCAAUCUUUAACGAUGCGGGUGGUCCCGUGCGCGUUCCCUCUGGACCUGGCUGAAAGUGGUGGCAUGUGGGAAUGAGAUGAGGUAGGAUAAGGUAAGGUGGUGGUAUUUGACAUUAUUGUCGUAAGACGUGGGGGUAUUACAUGGUAUCUCGUGUGGUAUAUUAACAGCAUUUCCUGGCCCUUUUCAUCAACGUCAGCAUGAACCUAUCAUGAGGCACGUCCAUACGAGUGAGCCAGCCAUCAACAACGUCAACAUGCCCCUGCUCGGGGCACCAUUCUGUGUCGGCGAUGGCGCCGCCAGGCUGGUACUAUCCCCGGGACUCGACACCUUCUCGCCCGUCGAUGCGACGACAACCUCCCCUGUGGGAUACUGCACGUUAUACACCGGCGCAUCUUUCAGCUCCACCGGCAUGCCGAGCGAGUGCUUGCACGUAGGCUGGUUCGCCGCAGGCCAAUCCAACUCGCACUCCUCGUCGUAUCCCCAUGCGCAGACCGAAUCCAGUGUAUUGUACAGCCCAAAGUUCUUCGCCACCCAGCUGUCCGGCUGGUCGAGGCAGCUGGCGAGGAAGUUCAUGCUGUUGGACGCGCUGAGCGGCAGCUUCUUGUUCUUGGUCUUGAGGAGCUCCUUGCAGUCGUCCGCCGGCAGCUCCUUGUAUGUCAUGGCCAGCGGUCCGCCCGCGACGGGCGCCUUCUUCGCGGAAUUACCCGUGUACAGGUAGUUCCAGGCAUCGUAGCUGACGUCGUAGGCGCCCUGGGAUUGGUCAAUUCGGAGGAGUUUCACGGUGCGCUUGCCGUCGGAGGAGCCGUCGUCGUAGGUGAGGGAGAUGCAAAGGUUGGUGCAGUCUACGGAUCCGGGCCAGUAGGCGACGCGGUCGGUAUUGAUCUUGCAGCCGAGGACGCCAACUGAGGAGGAGUAGCUAUCGUGGGGCGUUGCCCAGACGGUGCCGUCGGCGGCGACAUGGUUCGGCGAAGAUGCGAUCAGCAGAAGGAAUAGUUGCGACAGCGAUGAAAGAGCGGUGCUGCGCAUUGUUAGAGAGAGUGGAUAGGGAGGGGUCCCAACGGGAUGCCCCCCUCUGAACUAAUGAGUGACUUUGGUAUGUAGUAAGGGAGCGAUAAUGAUUGUGGCCAGCCGCAAAUGCGGCCGAUAUGCGACUCAAAGGAGUGAGGUCAUCGAUGAUCUGCAGCUUGCGCCGAUGGUGUUGUGGUGUGGUGUGGGUUGCAAAGAAAAGAGAGAAGAUGGGGGAUUCGGAUCGCGAACGUUGGGCGCGCGCACCCCCAAGACUCAAGUGCAUCCCGUCCGAUCCUUCCCCCGGGAUUCCAGGCACAAGAUGCCCAUCUCAUCUCGCUUAAUUGGCGCUUGCGAU